GUCUUAUCGUCAUGAGCGGAUUGAAUCGAAGGAUGUGGACGCGUUUGAUCCAGUUUUGCUAUGCUCUUGGUUGUUUGUGUAAGUCAGUCGGCGGGGGGAAUCGGGGUCUGAGUUGCUGAAGGGGACAAUGGCAACUCAGUCUGGGGCAUGUGUCCCAUCGAUUCCCGACGUGACCGAGCUGCUCAUCUUGGACUUCGUGCGAACGCUGCUUCGAUUCCUUUGUCUGUUGUCUCCCGCGUUGCCUCCGCCUUUUGACGACCUUCCAACAUUUUCUUCUUCUGACUUCUUCGGUCCGUCCGUCCGCCGCCGCUCUCCCUUUAUUCCUCUCUUCCACCGACCUCCACCGCCCCCUCCCCCACUCCCCCUCCGCUCUCUCUCUCUCUCUUUCUAGUCACCAACAUAUUCCAGCCUCCUCCCCCUGCUAAUUUCUCUCUUCUCCUCUUUCUGAAAAAAUCAACGAGCCAACUCCAGCCUGCGCCUCUUUCUUUUUCUCUCUAUUCCCCUCUCCCUUUCUCUUGUAAAUACAAUACAAUCAUCAAUGGCGGCAGGGAACAAGUUCGCGACCAUGUUAAGCAGAAACACGUCAAGGAUGACGGUUGUUCUCGUCUAUGUGGCCCUUGAAUGGGUUUUGAUCGUCCUUCUCCUCCUCAACUCUCUUUUCUCUUACCUUAUUAGAAAGUUCGUCGCCUACUUCGGCCUAAAGCCGCCGUGCCCCUGGUGCUCCAGGAUCGACCAUUUGCUGGAGCCCUGCCGGGAGUUUGAGGGCCACCCCUUUAUUGAGUCGGUAUGCGAGGCCCAUGCGAAGGAGAUCUCCAGAUUGGGGUACUGCUUGAAGCAUCGGAGGCUGGUGGAGGCUUGCCGGACUUGCGAGGAUUGCUCGCUCGCUCGAGGGUGCCACCAGGGGAGCGUCAUUGCCUCCGUCUCUCUGGUCGCCCAGACUGAUGUUGGGGAUGAGGGGGAGGUAGCGAAGUGCUCUUGUUGUGGUGCUGGAUUGAAUGACGGCUUCUAUUCGAAGUACUUCUUGAAAAAGGGUCUGUUUAAGCCAUCGUGGGACGUUUUGUCUGAUGGCGACAAAGUGGCAUCUGUUAUUCGGGAAGAAGAAGAAGAAAUAGAAGAAGAGGAAAAAAAGAGAAAAGGAGCUGAUGAAGACGGUGAAGGUGAUAAAGACGAUGAUGCUGGUCAAGACGUGGUGGUGGAGGAGGAGAAGGAGGAAGAGCGGAGGAAGAUGGUGGUGGUAAUGGAGGAGGAGGAUGCGGAUAUUGUGGAAAAGGUGGUUGAUGAGCCAUUAGGGAAAGCGUCAAUUGGUAGCAUAGUGGACUCUGAUGGUGGUGAUUCUUCCUGUAACAUUACGGCCUUAAACUUGAUAGAUUCUUGUGAUUCUGAUCGCCGACGUUUGGCUCCUGUUGAGAUCAUCGAUUCCGUCACCCAGCCGUAUGUGUUAGGGGCUAAGGAGACGAGCGUCGGGCGAUCGGAUAAUGCUCGUCUGAAUCUGUUGGACAGCUUUGAUGAUCAUUUACAGAGAGAGUCUCUGGAGAACGAAUCAGUUGCUUAUUAUCACGGCUGCUCACCAGCUGUCGAAUUGCAGGGCUCUCUGGCAGAAGAUGGUUCACUGACGUGCUUCGAUCAGAAUAAUAGGCGAGAAACUGUUGACGAAAGAGACGAAUCAGAUGGCAUGGCUAUUGCCGGGCAAGCUGAAGACUCCGACAAAGUCUUACCCAUCCAUGAUCAGAUCACCGCAACAGCAAGCAAAGGCACUAUUCCGGUGGAAGAAAAAUCGACGAUCUCUCAGGAUGGAAUUGUCCAUGAGGAACCUGUUGUUCGUUGCAGUGAAUGCACUGAAGGCGCUUCGUCUACGUCCUCGUAUGAUGAUACCCAGAAGAGCCUCACUUCCAGUGCCUUGAACGUUGAGGAAGAGCAAGGACAAGGAGGGGUAAGGGAAUCUGCAGAUGAGGAAAUAGAUGGGUGCUUUGCUUUGGAAACAUCGUGCGUAACUGGGAAGAUGGAACAAAGGAUAAAACAGCUGUCCCUCGGUUCUGAAGUCAACGAGAUCGAUGAGGAAAGGGAGCCUGAAACACCAAACCACAUGGAUGUCUUCCAGAGUUUGCACAAAAGAUUGAUGAUGGAGAGGAAAGAAUCCGGAAUAGAAUCUGUGGAUAUUAGUGUCCUUAGCGAACCCGAAGGUAGUGAAAUGGUGGUAAUUGAACAACUGGAGGCGGCUCUGAAAGCAGAACGGGUGGCCUUUAGUGCCUUAUACGCGGAGUUGGAAGAAGAGAGAAGUGCUUCUGCUAUUGCUGCUAACCAGACAAUGGCUAUGAUAACUCGCUUACAAGAGGAAAAAGCUGCAAUGCAAAUGGAAGCACUUCAGUACCAAAGGAUGAUGGAGGAGCAGUCUGAGUAUGACCAAGAAGCACUGCAGCUUCUGAAUGAACUCAUGGUUAAAAGGGAGAAAGAAAAGCAAGAGCUUGAGAAGGAAUUGGAGUUGUAUCGGAAGAAAGUACUGCACUACGAGGCCAGGGAAAGAAGGAUGAGGAAGACGAAGGCUAAUGAAAAUGGCGUUGGGCAGAUCUUGAAUCAUCAAGUACAGAGGGUGUCGUCUGCAUCUUCUACUGGAGGGGAUAGUGAUGAACUUUCAGCGGAUUUUAACGACGAGGAUGAUGGUUCUGAUACUAUCUUCGAGAGCAACCAGAACACCCCUGGUGAAGCUGUUCACAAUUCAAGCAAUGAACAUGAAAACACCAAACUGACCACUCUUGAUGAGUCUCUUGCUGAUUUUGAGCAUGAAAGGCUUUCCAUUCUAGAGCAGCUAAAGGCUUUGGAAGAGAAACUUUUGACGUUGUCAGAUGAAGAAAGUGAAAGCACGAUGACAAUGAAUCAAGUUGUUGGUAUGCCCGGUGCUGUAGUUCCUGAAGAAUCCUUUGAACUGUUUGUCGGAAAUUCGAACCUAGAAGGAUCACAUUGUGUGGACACUGAUGGGAAGGAUGAAUUGUUUGGUGAAGAUGCAGAUUUGGUUGUGAAUGGUACUCCAGAUCACCUAACCAGCAAUUGUAAGCGUCCUGCUCACCGGACAUAUGAUGGUCCUAUGCCAAAACAACUGCUUCCACUAUUCGUUGCUGCAAGUUGCGAAAAUGGAAAUGAGGAAGAAGUAGAAGACGAGGAAGAAGAAGAGGCAAGCUAUAAUCACUCAGAUGUUCAUCUUUGCAAACAUGUCGCCAUUGAAGAGGAAGUGGAACAAGUUUACGAGAGGCUACAGGCUCUUGAAGCAGACGAGGAGUUCUUAAAGCACUGUGUCAACUCACUCAAGAAGGGAGAUAAGGGAAUGCAGCUCCUUCAGGAGAUACUACAGCACCUGCGUGACCUAAGGGCUGUUGAACAUAGAUCAAGAAAUCUUGGGGAUGCUACUCCUUUAUAAAUCUUUGAAUUGGUUGAUGAAACUCCCAGAAGUAUGAAGUAAUUGUCAAUAGCAAAUGGAAUUGGAAGAAUGGAAAGAAAAAAGAUAGUAGGGCUCAGAGUUGAAGGGGAAAUUUUGUUGAUAAUGCCUAAAGGAGGUCAUGUUUCGUUGCUCCUCUUAGUGUCAGUUGUAUCUAUUUGUCAUCAGUUUUUUCUUUUUCCUCUUUUUUUUUUUCCUUCUUUUAACAUUUUAUUGGAGCCCAUAGUUUUUUUGUUGGGUUUUCUAUUGAUGACCCACCCACCUUUCAGGGUGAAAGGUGAGCAAAGAGAGACAUGAGAGGGUUGGUUUGGCCGUCCGCUCUCCGUCUAGCUAGGUGGAAUCCUGGGUUUAAGAGCUGGAACCCUACCAAAGAUUCCAGUUCCAGGUUAUACAACCAGACCCUAUAGGUAGGCCUUUCGUUUUGUUUCCUUUAUAGCAUAGUGUUUGAUGAGUGUAAAAAGAGGAGAGAGGGUAUUUCCUCUUGGGUCUUAGUUCUUUUCUUUUAGUAUUGUUUUUCUUUUUUCAUGAGUUGGCUCCUUGGUUGUGUGUAGAAAUUACUGUCCUUGAUGAAAGCCAAAUAUAUGUGUAUGGCUGCAUCAGCCUGGGGGCACCAUUCUGUAAAAAGUUGUAUUCAUUUUUUUUUGUGUAAUAGUGUGUUCUUUGUGUGGCUA